AUGAGGGACUCUAAACCGUCGAUCUACUCAUGGAUCAUUCAAGUUUGCAAAAGGAAUGCAUCAGAACGUCUCAUGAACGCAACCGACCCACGCAUGCUGCCCAGCCAUAGAUGUCAAGCAUGGAAGAUGAACGUGCCGGCCAUUCGGAAAUAUGUCCUCUAUCGUGUGGUCACAGCCAUAGACGCCAAGCGUGGAACCUCGUUGCCUUUCGAAUUCAAGACCGUUCUUAUUGUUUCUGGAUGGUGCUUUAUCGGCGCCCUUUGGUGUUUCCAGUACAUGGCCCUCUCAAAUUGGACGGUCAUCAAUUCUCGAGCAUCCGACAACUUUGACUGUGUUAAUCUCCACCGUACUAUCCGUGAUCACGACGAGAGUCUCGUACAGCGGGUCGACAAGGAUGGUUUCAAUGUGAUAAUCGACCUAGAUCGCCACCUUUUUGGUUCCCCUCUUCGAGGUCUUGGAAAGAACUAUACCACCGCAGAAGUUAACUGUCAGGAUGGGAAUUCUAUAGUGCCUAUUCUGAUACCUUCGAUUUCAUUUCCCAUUGGGGACAACUUGGAUGUGGAAACUAUGUUAUACGCCACCUUUUUAAAUGCGACCACUCUCGAAUUGAACCCAGAUACUGAGGACUUUCUUCCGACAGUCCGCAGGCUUCCCAGGCUUCAUCCGGUACAAGUUUGGUACACGAACGAGCCCGCCCGUUUACUAUGUGCUCACCAAUUCAACUUGAAAGAUAUUCUGAUGACAGACCGUACUAAAUAUGCAUUCCUGCCUACGACCGUCUGCGAGGUCGUCCUGCAUGUGAUGGAAUCGGCGAGCAUGGAAGGAAGGAAACGGCUAGGCGUAUCAGAAUUGCGGUCCACCAUGUAG